CAGGACUAAACCCGUGAGUGGCGCACAUGAGCACCAGUCUCAUGUUCCGUCUCGUCACGUCCGCACCGAGAACGUUCGUCUGUUAGUUGGUUGUUGUCGACGGUUCGUACGUACGUCGGGACAGUGUGUGUACCAUGAUGGACAACUGUCUGAUCACCCAGCAGUUCCCGCACCUGAACGGAGUCAACCUGCCCGGCUUCCCCUACUCGCACCCGCCGUACCCUCAUGCCUUCGACUUCCCGCCGACCUCGUCGGGCCUGCCCGGUCCCAGGCCGUUCUCCAUCGACGGGAUCCUGAGCGGCGGCGGGCACCCGAGCGUCUCCUUCCCGCAGACAUCCAUGAUGCUGAACGGUGGCAUAAAUGUCAUCACCACCACGGCUGGGAACAACAAACAAGAAAGCAACAACUUGAGGGAUUCUCUACUGUUUUCCUUUGUAGAAAAUGGUCAGGAUUCGGGGGAAGGCAUGCCUCCCAAGCGCAGGAGAACCCGGACCAACUUUAACUCGUGGCAGCUGGAGGAGCUAGAGCGCGCGUUCCAGGAGAGCCACUACCCCGAUGUCUUCAUGAGAGAGGCUCUCGCACUCAGGCUGGAUCUGGUGGAGUCUAGAGUACAGGUCUGGUUCCAGAACAGACGAGCCAAGUGGCGUAAGAAGGAGAACACAAAGAAGGGUCCGGGCCGACCGGCGCACAACGCGCACCCGCAGACCUGCAGCGGCGACCCGAUCCCGGCAGAGGAACUGGAGAGACGGCAGAGGGAGAGAGAGGAGAGGAAGAAGAGAAAACAGAUGGAGAAGCAGCGACAGAAAGGCUCGAUCCGAGCGGACGGAAGCCAGAGCGGUGGCGAGGACGGGAUGGGGAAAUCUGGUCUCUCGGGAGACCUUGAUUCCUCGACCGACAAUCCGUGCCGAGCUGACGGAGAGAGCAGGUGGGGAGAGUCUGACUCGGGGAACACGACCGAUUCCUCCUCAGCGUCCUCGAGAUACGACCAGGUACGCGCAAGGGAAGACGUUACGAAGGACUUAGCGCCCGCCUCUUCAGGCGACGGUGAAAAAGAACACAAAGACGACACAGCGCAACACGAGAGCGCGGAAACGCACAGCUCAGAACAGUUCAACAACAGUACCGAGGAAGUCGUGAUCACAGAAGAGAACAUGUCCACUUCUGAAACAACGUUAAACAGAGACAGUGUAUCUGUAGCGGACACGACUACUACAACUUGCCCCGCCGUGACCACCACCCCACCGUGCACGACCCCGUCUCCCACCCGGCCCGCCACCAGCCCGCUCAACACCGUCACCAAAAGCCCCUACAGCAUCGAGUCGCUCCUCGCCGAGCCCAAGGUACCCAGAGGGAGAAGACCCAACACCAAAUACCCUCGGGUGCAGGCUAGCAAAUCAGCCUACUCCAACGGACUUGUCCCGGUUUAUCCCAUCACCCAGCCCGUAGGCUUCAUGGUGCAGCCUUCGGUCGCAACUGCUGUGUCGCCGACGCAGGUGUCGCCCACUCUCCCCCUGGCCGCGGAGAGACAGAACUCUAGCAUCGCCGCGCUCAGACUCAAAGCCAAAGAGCACCAAAUCACAAUAGACAGUCAGCUCGAGAACUUCAGAUGCUCACCGGACAGGUGUUCGGUGUGAGACAAAGCCAUAACAUUCCCAUUAACUCGACGAGAUGUGUACAUGUGUAUGUAUGUAUGUAGACCCAGUGAAAAUUAUUAAUAUUUAUGUAAUUUAUCAAAAUUUAUACUCACACCUCUUUGAAUAAUACAUGUUGUUCUCAGCGGCAUUCUCUUUUUUGUACAAAUUGAUAUGGAUUUAGUGAAAUGUCAGCCCGUUGAGGUUCAACAGUCGCACCGUCGGUGUAAUCGAGCUGUAGUAUGUGCGGUGUGAGCGUCCUUUGCUCGAACAAUUUACAUGUUGUGAACUCUUCCAGACGUAGGGAGGUUGGGUCAUUCUUGUGGUAAAAAUUCAAAAAUUAACGGUCACGACGGCAGCUGGUGCGUAACUUUUCCUACCAGGCCGAAUCAAAUGAGUUUAUCGUAUAGGGUACCUUAGGGUCUCGUCUGUAAUACCAUUGUUUGUCACUUAUUCGUUAUUUUGCUUUGUCCUUUGUAAUGUUGCGAUUUCCAAAUGUCGUUUGUGAUUCGUGACACCCUCCAGUAUUGGUGGAGCGCUAUACGUGGAAAAUUGCUACAUUUCAAUUCUAAUUGAAUGUUAUAUAUACGUGUAUAUGUUAAAUGAAUAGAUUUAUCUUCAAAUUCUCAAAGUACUUGUCAGUAUCGGAAGGGAGUGGAAAUUUUCAGAAUAAAGUGGAAUUGGCUCUUUUAA